AUGCAAGCAGUGUAUCGCUUCAGCUUUGAUGUAAAUCCCUCAGAUGUACUUGAACUGGAUGCCACACUGGGAGACUGUAUACUGCACAACCCUCUUAAAGCAACUUCACUCUUUCAAUCAGUUUGUUUUCUGUCCAUAAAAACACUAUCACUUAUUGAUCACAUAGAAACAGAAAACCAGGUUAACGUUGUUUUAAAGCCAACACACUUGCCACCUUUUCCAAAUUACUGUUUGGGUCUCUCCGAGUUUCCCCGUGGGUAUGGUCCAAUGAGACCUUUGGCUUUGGAGGGUCUUGUAAUUGCCAUGACACGUGUCACCAAAUACACACAAGGGGCCAGAUUUCUUUGCUCAGAAGAGACCUGCCCUUGCUCAAGAGGGUAUCAACACAUUAGAGUUCAUGUACCAGGUGCCACAGAGUCAGCUACGGUAAGAAGUGAUCUUUUUUGCUUUCUCUGCUCCUCUCCACUUAAAGAAGAUGUUAAGUCUCGGGUAUUAGGAGAUAAACAGCUUGUUGAGCUCAUUCAUGUAAGAGCAUUGGAUGUUUGGGGAGUUCACGAUGUUGCCUCCUUGAGAUAUCAAUCUGUCACCCUUUUUCUAAGAGAUGAACUAUGUAACUCCAUGAAAAUUGGACAUCUGUACCGAAUUGUGGGGAUUCCAGCUCAUGUACACCAGUGGCCCAAUAUUACAUGGAGUGUAGAAGCUUGCAGUGUCCAACCAUGGGCCCUCAAACGCCCCUGUCUGGUUAGCAACAACUUUCAGAAUCUGCUGGCUGCAUCGGCCUGUUCGCCAUGGAGGUUUGCUGCCAUUGUAGCCAACUCAUUCGGUUCUCCUGUGAUUCCACCUGGAUUGUACAACACACUGAAACUGGGGUUACUACUCAGCUUGGUGCAAAGUGAAGAUAAUUCAGAUGCUCCCAACCACCUGGAUGUGCUUGCUCUUACUAGCGACACAUUGAUCAUUGAUAGGCUGAUGAGAUACAGCCUCCCCUUAUCCUCACGUGGCAUUCUGCAUGCACCUACAGGAGAGCUGUUGGCAUCUCUGUCUAAAGAUGAACAUGGAGCAGAUACUGUCAACAUUCAUGCAGGUUCAGCUCUGCUGGCAACUGGAGGAGUCUGUGUUCUGGGAGACCUGACGUGCUACAAGAGAGACAAGAUGGAUGUGCUUCAGUCUGCUCUUGAAAGCAGAACUGUGUCUGUUUUCAUUCCUGGGAAAAAGUACGGUGAUGAUGUAGACCAGCAGAUAUCCUUUCCUAUCCAGUGUAACUUCUGGGCAAUAGCUGAUACUGCCUCCGCCUCCAAGAGAAGAGAUAAAUGCGAUGAUGUGGUGCUGGGUGCUGCGGAAAUGGGCUCAGUUCCCCGUCAGCUCGCAGAGAGAUUCGAUCUCCUAGUGCAGUGUCGAGAAAUGAGCGUAGAUCCUCUACUCCUGUCCAUGACAGUGCACACCCUACGGCAGGCCAUCUCCCCAGGAGAGCCCCUUUAUCCAGCAUGCAUGCAAUUUACUACACAAGACUACAACAAGUUCUUGGCUCAAGCAAGAGACUUGAAGGUGGAAAUGAGUCCUGAGGCAGAAAAGAUGAUCCAUGGCUAUUACAUGGCCAGUCGCAGGGUUCGAUCAGACUCAACCCCACGCUCAUCUGUUUCAGUCACUUCUAUAAAACUGCUCAGGAUUUCUCUGGCUCAAGCCCAUGCUAAACUCAGCCUGAGAACACAAGUUUUAGAGGAAGAUGCAGUCAUUGCAGUACUGCUGUGUGAAAGUUCAGUCACCCUAAAACAUGGUUCGUUUCCACAAUUACUUUAUGCAAGUUAACAAUCAAUACAGUACAACAUCUAAAAAAAUACAGAAAGAGUACAAAAAGAGUGUUUGCAUUAAUUUAUU